UGUCUAGAGUGGCAGCUCUGACUUAAAGUGAUUCCCGGGAACCAGUUGUAAAAUUUGGUAUUUAUAUGAAUUUAUUUUAUUAGUACCUAGUACAUAUAAAGCAAUGAAUAAACAUAAACUUCUUUAAAUUGAACAGAAUAAAGUGUUGGAUAUGGUGUUGUAAUCUGUUAGUACAUUCGAGUUUUGUGAAAUACGGAGGAUGUUGGUGAAUUGUGGCCUGUGCAGUAAGCAGGCUGCUGGCUCUACAGAUGUUAUGUACUCACUCUGGUUGAUGCCUGAGCACGAGAAGCUGACUUGCGAUGAAACAACAGUCGCAGAGUCGACAGAUCCCACACGCAAUAGAUUGUAUAACACGGCAAGAAAGAUCAUCAGUCAGAACAACCACCCGGAUCAGCAGUUUGAACCCCACGUGACCUUAGUGGGGGGGCUAUAUAACAGUUCGGUACAAUCACUGCGGGGCCUCUGCAACCGACUGGUAAGCGAACUACCUGGGCCCUGUAUGAAGUUAGACGUAUGCGAUGCCGGCCACUACCACCACACCCAGUGCGUGUACUUCAAGAUGGUCAAGGGGGAUGGUCUACGCACGCUGUACGAACGCGCACAGACACUCCUCAGCGAGCGUGCCGGCGUAUCGUUAGGUGUGCAUGGCGAUGUGGAGACGUAUAUGCCACACAUGAGUCUCAGAUACGACUGUAAGGCACGUGAGGAUGCGUUAAAGCUGUGUGCGGGUAUAGAGCGUGAAUUGGCGAGUUGUGAAGAGUUCAGAACUAGUGUUUUGGAAUUGUGGGAUACUACCGGCCCGAUCGGUGGCUGGACGUGCGUUGGAUCGUAUCCCUUCAUUCACGAUGAAGGUGAUGUUUUAGUAGAGUAGCAAACCCUAGGCUUUUGUGUAUAUGUACAUGUAUUCGUAUAUAUUUAUGUAUAUGUAUAUGUAUAUGUAUGUAUAUAUAUAUAUAUAUAUAUAUA